AUGCCUCGCGACGGAACCGGACGAUCUGACAACGCCAUCGAGCCUGGUCACAACAUUGUCCACGGCGCCGGGGAGGUCAAGGACCCCCACGUUGACCGCGCCGAUAAGACCGCGCCGCUCCCUGAGGGCGAGAAGGGCCUUGCCAUCGACGGUCUGCCCGCCAGCGGCGGCUUGAGCGAACCUUUUGCCAGUCAUCCUGACGCUGGCCAGGGCGGCUGGAAAAACACCAAAUAA